CUGACGAAUAAACCUAUACAAUAUAAAUCCUUGAGCAACUUUAUAACUGACUAAGUCCUUAAAUAAGAUAAAAAUACCUACCAUUUUCACAAAUAAAACUAAAAGAAAGAAAGAUCAUCAUUUACUUGCUACUCACAACAAAUUGACUAAUUGACUUUCCUUGUCGUCGUCGUCGUCGUCGUCGUCGUCUAGAAAAUUUUGCACGACACUAGAAAGACAAGAAGUGUCAUCCAUCUAUCUGUCUAUCUAUCCAUCCAUCUUUUCGAGAGAGCAUCCGCACUUACACCCACACACACACACAUUGACAAAAGGACAUUGAUUGCCUUGGUUGUGUAAUUAUUUUCAAUUAUCCUAGAAUUUUUUGCUCAUCACAAAACCAAAAAAAAAAAAAAAAAAAAAAUCCAAUAUAUAUAUGUACAAGGACAUUACACACACAUAUAUAUAUAAAGUUAUCGUCAUCUUCUUAGGAAUUUUCCAUUAAGCCAUCACGAGUGCCAUCAGUUGUCGUCCUUCGUUAACACAAUGUCAAAAGAAAAACACAAAAAACCAAAGAUCCCAAUGCAACACCAUCAACGUUACAUUCCAAAGGAUUGAUUUAACUAUCUAUCCAUCUAUACCCAAGGCAUCAACGCAAAGACCUGCUCCAAUCAUAGACAAACAUAUGUGUGGCAGUAAAAGCAGUAAAGACUAAACUUGCUUCAAAAAAAAAAAAAAAAAAAAUAAAAAAUCAAGCUAAAGAUAGAAAAACGAUCCAAAAACCAAACAAACCAAACAACAACAGAAAACAGAGAAAAUAGAAAACCAAAAAUAAAUAAAAAAAAAAAAAAAAAUAAUACAAAAUGAAAGAAAAAAAUUCCCCAGCAGGAGCAAAUUUCAAAGAAAUGGGAACGUCAAUCAAAUUGCGGCCAAUUAUAUAUUUUCUUCUUCAUCUGACGCUAUGCUUCCAUCACUAUGUCGACGCUUCAACGUUAUCUGCCGUAAAUGGCAAGCGAGAUUUUCCACACAAAAAUUGGACACCAGAGAGCAUACGUUUCCUAGAUUCUGAACGUCCUUAUUUUGAUGACAUUAGCCCAAGAAAUGUAUCAACAGUGGUCGAUGAAACGGCAAUACUUAAAUGUCGAGUAAAAAAUAAAGGAAAUCGAACUGUAUCAUGGAUGCGCAAACGAGAUCUUCAUAUUUUAACAACAAAUAUUUAUACAUACACUGGUGAUCAACGAUUUUCUGUUGUGCAUACGCCCGGAACCGAUGAUUGGGAUUUGAAAAUUGAAUAUGCUCAGCAACGAGAUAGUGGCAUAUAUGAAUGUCAAGUCAACACAGAGCCAAAGAUAAAUUUGGCUAAAUUAUUGGAAGUUACAGCUGAGGCCGAUCUUAGAGAUAAAUAUUCUGAGCCCCAGUACUACGAUGUCAAAGCUGCUCGAGCAAAAAUUCUAGGAUCGACUGAAGUUCAUGUGAAACGCGACAGUACAAUUUCAUUAGCGUGCUCAGUGAAUAUUCAUGCAUCGUCUGUUUCAUGGUAUCAUGGAUCCUCUGUAGUUGAUUUUGAUUCAGUACGUGGUGGAAUCAGUUUGGAAACAGAAAAAACUGAUGUUGGCACUACAAGUCGUCUAAUGCUGACUCGGGCAUCAUUUAGAGAUUCCGGCAAUUACACCUGUGUACCAGCAGCAGCGAUACCAGCUUCAGUACAAGUUCAUGUCUUAAAUGGUGAACAUCCUGCUGCAAUGCAAACAAGUAGUGGCGUACCAAGCCCAUCACAUUUAGCUAUUGUAAUCCUUUGUGUUUUGUCGAUAGCGGUAUGUCAUCAAUCAAUCAUAUCACAAACAACGUCCAUUGAUCGUUUCUAUCAUCCGAGAUGACUUCAGCAAGGAGCACAAGGAGCAAGAUUAAAAUUAAAUUGUAUUAAAAAACCAGACAGCCAGGAGCAGGGAAAAAUAGAUAAUGAAAAAGUCGAAGGAGUCAAAGGAGGUAAUGAAAAAUAAAAUAAUUAAUUUGUAAUUGAUAGAACAUUUUAUAUCCUUAAAAAGGAUACAAAAUUUAUUUCUAAGGACUUAAUAUAUACAUAUACAUUUUAAUUCACAAUAAAAAAAAAAAACAAAAAAAAAAAAACUAAAUAUAUUAUUAUAUGUAUAUUUGUGUGUAUACAUUUGAUGACACAAUGUGUAUAUGUAUUUACAUCAAAUUAAAAAAUUAUAAUAAAAAAUAAAACUUAAAAUUAAAAACAAUAAUCAUAUGAAAAUAAAAGAACACACAG